AUCCUGGGUCCAGCGGAGCAAGUGAUGGUGUUAAAACAAGUCAAGCAAACAACCCACAGUAAUCAAAUAUCGUCGACUACAAACCAUUGUCUCUCUUCGUCCCAAUCUCGGAUCUGUUACAGACAUGGCAGAAACGCCAAUCCGAUUCGGAAUUCUGGGAUGUGCAGAAGUAUCGCGCAAGCUAUCCAAGAAGCUAUCGAGAGCUAUAACACUCUCUCCCAACUCGACCAUCGAAGCCGUUGGCAGCGAUUCCUUCGACGAGGCCAAGAAAUUCGCUGCGGAGAGCGGGGUUCCUCCGUCGGCGAAGAUCUACGGCAGCUACGAAGCUGUUCUUGAUGAUCCAGAUGUAGAUGCAGUGUAUGUGCCUCUUCCACCAAAACUGCACUUGCGGUGGGCGGUGCUGGCUGCGAAGAAGAAGAAGCACUUUCUUUUGGAGAAGCCCGUGGCCUUGAACGUGACUGAGUUCGAUCAGAUCGUGGAGGCCUGUGAGGCCAAUGGAGUGCAGUUCAUGGAUGGAACCUUGUGGAUGCACCACCCUAGGACUUCCAAAAUGAAGGAAUUCCUCUCCGAUAAGCAGCGUUUCGGUCACCUCAAAACGGUUCACAGCUUCUUUUCAUUUGCUGCUAAUGAUGAUUUUCUUAAGAAUGACAUCAGGGUAAAGCCAGAUCUUGAUGGCCUUGGGGCUCUUGGUGAUGCUGGGUGGUACUGCAUCAGGUCAAUAUUGUGGGCUUGUGAUUAUGUUCUUCCCAACACAGUGACUGCCCUCCAUGGUUCUGUUCUCAAUGAAUCAGGAGUGGUCCUGGCUUGUGGAUCAUCUUUACAGUGGGAGGAUGGAAAGACAGCAACUUUCUAUUGCUCAUUCCUUUCUAAUAUGGCCAUGGAUAUAACUGCAGUUGGAACAAAAGGAACACUAAAAGUUCAUGAUUUUAUUAUCCCUUAUGAAGAGAAAUCUGCUUCAUUUUCUCUUGCUUCUAAGACCGGAUUCAUGGAGCAUGUGGUCACAACUGAUCUCCCUCAGGAGAUAUGCAUGGUGAGGGAGUUCUUAAGGUUGGUGAGAAGUAUAAAAGAGUGUGGUUCUCAAACAGAGAGUAGGUGGCUCAGCAUCAGCAGGAAGACACAACUAGUUCUGGAUGCAGUCAAGGCAUCCAUUGAGAAAGGUUUUGAACCCACCCAGGUUGGGAUUUAAGCUUGAAUUGAUGCAAAAGGUUUUGGGCUCAUCUGGAGUUGUUUUCUAAAAGCGACAGAUUUUUUUUUUUUUUGGGUGUGGGGUGGGGUUGUGCAAAUGUCUAUUUUGAAAAUAUCUCAGUUUUGGGUUUAUGAAAUCUCAGAAUGUGGAUUCAAAUUUUCCAAUUCCUACUAUUAUCACUCAUGGUGGAUUGAUUGUGAUUCUUAGUAGAUUCAAAGAGUUCCAUUGUAGAUUCUCAUGGAAAGUUCAUCUUAUCUUUUUCUUA